AUGACACAACCGCGUUUCCGAGGUACCUCACUUCCCACCUUCGACGCCGAGACCGAAGCCCUCCUCGAUCUCAUCAAGACAGCCAUCGACGAAGAAUCCAACUUUGCCACCUGGCGUGAGAAGAAUGUCCCAGAUGAACAGAUGGAAACUGUCAUGAGGGUGAUGUGUGUCGCCAACGCCGCUUGCGGCAGAGAGUACCACAGCGUCUUACGCCGGGCCUACACCAAAGAGCUGGACUUUAGACAGCUCAUGGUGGCGCCGAAAAAGAUCGCCACAUCGAUGGAGCUUCAGGAUGAAGGGAGGAAGAAGACACCGAGGGAGAGGCAGCGUGAUAUGUUUACUCGGCUUGUUGAAGAAAUCAGGGAGUUUCGGGAGGCGGUUGCGGCGGUUAAAGUGGUUCCGGGAUUUUGA